CACCCACCCCACGCCGUCUAGUCUACUGUUUUCUUCGUCUUCUUCCUCUCUCUCCAAGGGUUUCCUGUAUUCUUUCUUAAACUUUUCCUUUCACUCUCCGAGAUUCAAUGGCGGAGCAAAAUGUCCAGAACGGUGGGGCCGCGGAGAAGGUCGCACCCGUGUCCCUUAUCACUGUCACGGAAUGCCAUCCUCGUCUUUCCAUCAAGGCGCCCAAUGGCGAAGGCGCCAUCAAGUUCUACGUAGCCGUCCUGGGCGCCGUGGAGCUUGAGCGUGAGACUGAUCUCAAGCGCAAGGCUGACCAGGAGCGUCCGUACAUCUACAGUGCCAAGCUCAAACUUGGGUCCUUCACCUUCCUCGUGACCGAGUCUGACUCUCUUGUUGACUCCGGCGAGGGCGAAGUUGAUGGUGGUUUUAAGCAAGGCUUUAACCUGUUACUUACUGUUGUGGACGUCGAUGCGGCUGUGUCCAAGGCCGUCCAGGCGGGAGCUGCAGCGGUUGGGGAGAUCAAAACCGGUGGUGCUUUCUUUGGCGACGAGCAGCGUUGGGCUCAGAUUAAGGAUCCAUUCGGCAUUUGCUGGUUCUUUGUCACUCCCCUUGAGAAGAAGGCCGCUAUCCCUGAAGCCCCAGUUACCGUCUAAUUCCCCACCACCACAUGAUCUCUUUCGGUUUAGAUUUUAAUCAAAUGGUUAGACCCUUUCUGGACCGUCUGAUUCAGUGAUUUCAAUUGGUUUAGGAUUAGGCUAAUCGUACUUUUAACCUUAAUAUUUUGCUGAACGAAAUGUGGAAUUAUCAGCGGUAUGACUGUAAUUGACAUUUGUUGUGUGGUUGUGGUUGGAUUUUAAGUAUUAAAUCAGUUUCUGAUGA